AUGGUGACAUUCUCCAACAGUUCACUCAUGUACUUGGAAGAUUUGAGUUUCCCCAGGAUUCAGGUAGUAGUGGUGACAGCGAGCCUGGCUUGCUCCCAGUGUCGCCAAAGAGUCUCCCGUCUCCUUUGCCGAAUGGCUUCAGGUUUGAUAGAGUACACGGUGGACGUAAGAGGGAAGCAAGUUAUUUUCAAGGGGGAAACAGAACCUCCCGGCGGGAAUGAGUAUCACAGAAAUAGCGACGGAAUAAAGGAAAAUCGUCGCUAUCCCCUAAAGUGGUUCUCGUUGGUUUCAUCAUUUCUCCUCUUCACUUGCUGCUUCUCCACCAGAAGGAAAGGCUAUGGUUGCUGA